AUGACUAAACGCAACUUUAAGCCUUUAACAGUAUUAAAAGACGAGGUUCAACAGGAAUAUGGUAAAACCCGGGAAGAAUUUUAUAAUGAAAAGCGAACUGAAAGCCAGAUAUUAGUACGUGAAACUUCUCAUCGUAAAAAACGAAUUGAUAAACGUCCGGCUAUGAUUAUUCCAAUUCAAAAUGAAGUUCCUAAAUAUGCUUUAUGGACUCCUAUUGCGAGAAGUUCUAAGAAGAGUGCAUUUAACAUAAAUUCGGAACCUAGUAAAACUUCUUCAACCCCAUCAACCACUUCAAGACUUACUCGUUCACCUGUAACGGCCAAUCGUUCUAUUCAUGUUGAAGAUGAAAAUGAGGAAGAUUCAGAUUUACCAUUUGUUGAAUUAAUUAUUAAUGCUCUUUCUAAAGUUUUAAAAGGAAAAGAUAUGAAGGUGAUGGUGAAAUAUACACGUAAAUUAGAGUCAAAAGCAAAUAUAGCUUCAGAAUUAGAAAGACCAUCAAAUAAUAAAAAACGACCACGUCCAACCUCCGGAAAAACUAAACCAUGUGGAACUUUAUGUUAUUUAAAUUUGAAGAAUGAUCAUCCUCAUGAUUUAUUAUCAUCACAAAUUCCUAUUCAUGAUGAUUAUUGGGAUGAUACGGAAAUUGCUUUAUUUCGAAAAUCUACUGAUUUAAUUGGUACCAAGAAUUAUUGUAAUAUUGCUUCUAUUAUUAUGACUAAAUCUUAUACAAUUAAAGAUGAUGAUGUGGAAAUUAAUUCAUCUUCAGAUGAAUCAAGAAAGAAAAGUAAAAGGAUGGCAAAAAUUGAAAUUGAUGCGGAAAAUCAUUCCGAAUAUCAUCCUUGUGAUCACCCCGGAAAACCUUGUGACAUGAAUUGUCCUUGCAAGAAAGGAAAUGUACCUUGUUGUAAUUGUUCGGGAUCAGGAAAGACAUGUAGUAAUAGAAGUUGUUUAUGUUUUUCGAAUUAUCGUGAAUGUGAUCCUGAUUUAUGUAAAUGUGCUGCUUCAGAACCAUUGAAUACUCAAUUUAUUGCAAGACAUGGAUGUAAAAAUGUCUCUAUUCAAAGGCAACAAACCAAGCGUACCAUUGUAGGAAUUUCAUCUGUAGCGGGUUGGGGAUUAUUUGUUAGAGAACAUGUAAAGAAAAAUGAAUUUUUGGGCGAAUAUAUUGGAGAAGCUGAUAGACGCGGUAAAAUCUAUGACAAACGAGGCAUUAGCUUUUUAUUCAAUUUGAAUAAAGAUUUUGUAGUUGAUGCUACUCGAAAAGGAAAUAAAUUUAGAUUUAUAAAUCAUUCAAAUGAUCCAAAUACUUAUUGUCGUGUUACCUUGGUCAAUGGAGAACAUCGUAUUGGAAUUUAUGCUUUGGGAGAUCUUGAUCCUGGACAAGAAUUAUUUUUUGAUUAUAGAGAACGUGCUCCAAGUCCCGUUAAAUCUAGUUUAUCAAAUGGAAAAUUUGCAAUGAAAAAUGAUUACUGA